CGAUGCAACCGCUCAAUAGCACUUUGAAGAUGGCAGACGAUGGCCUUCUCACCGUGCAAGUUACUGUUCCGCAAGGCAGAAUGAUAAAGUCUAGUCGUGGAGAUGAAUCAUUUACUUCAUUUGUUAGAAUAGAUUUUGGAAGUCGAUCUCAUUGCGAAACUGCCAGAGUUGUAGUAGCAGACGGCACGGCGCUGUACGGUGAUGCAACAUCGUCCUUCGACAUCCAGGCAUCCAGUAGAGCUCUUCUUCUAGACGAACUAUCCCACAAGCCUCUCGUACUGAGCCUCAUCGAGUCAAUGCCAAAAGACAAGAAAGCAAAGGAAGAGAAAACUGUUGUGUUGGGACAAUCUAUUGUGGAUUUGAUGCCUUUCUUACAAGGAGAAAAAACUAUUUCGGAAACCGUGGUUGUUUUUCCUUGCACUUCGCAAAGCGAAGACAAGCCUGCAACUGAUCUUCCCGAACUGGAUGUCCUAGUUUCUCUGUCAUCUCCGCUUCUGACGGAAGAAGAAGUAGAAGCGGCGAGUUCUCUUUCAAUCAAAGUGAACUCGCUUUAUUCACCACCAGACGGAUGGCAACCAGGAGGAUCACAAUAUCAAUACACACUCAGCUUGCCUAUACCAAUUGGGAUCUCACAGGAAACAACAAUUGCAAUUCCCAAUGGUCAAUUGAAAGCACCUAGUGAUCAUGACUCUCCUCAUUGGAGAUGGAGCUACACAGGAACAGCAUCAGGUCCUUGUGUUUACAAAUGUGACAGUGUGAUAAAGAAGGUCCAGUACAAAGAAGAGAAUGGAGAGUUGAGAAGUGCUGCAGACAUUCCAUUUCGAGUCGAAGCUGAAAGUCAGAAACCAAGAAUCACUUGGAAUGCAGAACGAAGGUGUCUUCUGAAUGCAGAAGCAAGUAGCACCCUUCAAUCAAUGAUUGCUCAGUCACGUGUUUGGCCUGUUGAAAUCUUUCGCACUCUGACUCCUCAAAGUGGAAAAACCAAGAAGGACGAGGAAAUUCUACCAAGUUAUCAUGGUGUAGCAUAUGUCAAUCUAACACCACUUCUUUACCCUGGUGUCAGCAAAGUGAAUGGGGCCUAUUGUCUGCAACCAUACGUUGAUACUGAAGUGCAAGAGAAAACAAGAAGGAAAAUGGGUAGCACAGUAGAGGUUGCCAUGCGUUCUGUCAGUCAGGCAGGUUCUCGCAGCAUUGCAUCAGCUCGAAAAUCAAAAAGGCAGUCUGUUGCUGUUCCACCUCCUAAAAGUGGCCUUGCUACUAGUUCAUUUGUUGCCUCUGACACAGGCGACUCUAUUCCUGAAGUUGGAGAGAGUAAGAACUAUUUAGAAGCUAAAGCAUAUACUGAUGCACGAUCCUACAUUGUUUUGGAGCUCUCUCUUGAUACACCACUAAUUCCAAAGUGUCCACCUGAUGAGUUAGCUCAACUUGUAUCUGAGUACAUCCCUCCACGUCCCGCUGCUCCCAAACGUCAAGUAGGAGCAGAUCAAGCUGUUCGUGAGUUCCAAACUCAAGUUUCUAAUGUGGCUUGGUGUGUGCUGGAGGAGUUCCGGUCAAUGUUUGGAGAACAGAUGGCCAAUUAUGAAUUACCUCAUUCAGCAGAAGCUGCUGCUGACCGUCGAAGACAGUUAUUAUAUGAGCUAAAUACAUCUGGUAAAUAUUACCAAUUCAAAGAGCAACUGAAACUUUCAGUUGUAAAAUUAGUUAGAGAGAAGUUUCUACGGACAACACCUGUCACUGACAAGGAUGAGCUGCACAGUUUCCUUAGUCAACUAUAUGUUUAUCUUACAGAUGAAAUGCACUGCACUCUGUCAACGACGUUCUCACUAGAAGAUCCACGACCAGUUCCACCUCCUGUUACCAACACCAACUUCCUCAAACACUUUGCUCGUGAGGCUGAAAUGAAUGAGAGUUAUGAGAAAGCUGCUCAAUACUACCAGGAGCGUCUAGCACAGGACAAAAAUUCACGUGAUCAUUGGUACGACUAUGGUCGUUUUUGCUUGGUAGUACAUAACUAUGAGAAGGCACAAGAAUGUUUCAAAGAGGCUGUAGCUUUGGAUCAAAAUCAUAUGGAAUCACUGCUCAUGUAUGCUGUUGUGGCUGCUGUUCAGGAGCAUCAUGACAUUGCCGAAACUUUCUUUGAAGCUGCUGCUGCCGUUGAGCCAAAAAAUGUGAUUGUGUGGACAACAAUGGGACUCUACUAUGAAUCCAUAGGUAAUGAUGUGAAUGCUGAAAUGGCCUUCCUGGAGGCAGAUAAUGUCAAUCCACAAGUGAUCAAAGAAGGUAGUGAGUCAGCUGGUAUCUCUGAUGGUACAAGGCAGCACAGUGAGCUGUCUCAUCACUCUUCUUCUGAAACAGAACAGACCGUCGCUGUACCUGCUAUCAAGACAACAUCACCUAUUCCUCAAGUGAGUGCUGAGGGGGAUCAAGAAAUUAAGGAUUUUGACAAACCACACACAGUAACACUGUCACAAGCCAAACCACAGAGGCAAGUAUCAAGCCAGGCAAUUUUGUCACGCCAAAGUAAAACAUCUCCCUCCUCAACAGCUCCUCAAGAGGUGCCUUCACCGCUACUAGUACAAGACACUCACAGAUCGCAAGCAUCCUCACCUGCUUCCAGUGACAAGGAAAGCAUAUUUCUUCAAGUGUCACGGUUUCUACUAGAGAUGCAUGUAACCUUGUGGGCUGAAUCAGCUUUAUCACAUGAACUUCUCCAGCCACGUGGUGGUCCUUCCUCACCCUACUACAUGGCGCUUGCAUGUGUAAAUAUGCAGAAAAAGAACUACAUUGAAGCUAAAACAUACCUGAAUGAGGCCCUCUCUUUUGACUACCAUCAUCCAGACAGUUGGGCAUUACUUGGCCACAGUAGCUACAUGACUGGUGAUGUGGAAGAAGCGAGAGAAGCUUAUGAGCGAGUACUGGAUUUCAUUGGAGAAGCAUGUGAUAUGCACACUGUCUACUUACGACUUGGAUCCAUCUACUUACAAGAAGGGCAGUUCACUGGUGCUAAGCACACGUUCUUAUUAGCCUGUAAGCGAUCUCCUUCUUGUAUCACUUGGUUGGGUGCUGGUAUUGCAUGUUAUCGCAUGGGAGAUCUGGCUGAGGCAGAAGAUGCACUAUGUGAAGCAAACAUACUAAACAACACUGAUCCACAAGUAUGGGGUUACCUUGCACUCAUCUGCCUCAAAACUGGCCGUAAAGUCGAGGCUGAACAAGCAUACAAAUAUGCAUUUAAGCUUAACCUCUCUGAUGACAAACUGCUGAAUGAAAUAAGGACUGUGCAGAAGCAAGUUGGAUUUGGUGAUCCAUCUGUCACAUAUCAGUCAGCUUGAGUUAAGACAUAUAUUCCGUACAAUACACUACCAGUAAGAGUAUCAAGGCAUUGCAAGUCAAAAGCGACAAGAUUUGUAGCACCAUGGUUUAGCUCUUUUUCACUUGUCUAGAUAUGCGUAUUGUAAGAAUUGAUAUUCACCAUCCUGUA